AUGCUCUUCACCACUCUUUCGACUCUGGCUGUGGUCUUUGGUACGGCCUUCGCCCAGUCCAAGACCAGCAUUACAACCGCAACGUACAACGACCUUGUUUACUACGCCAACCUGAAUGAAGCGACCUCCCUCUCUAUCGGAUCAACUUGUCCUAAUCCACCCAACGGUGUCAUUGCGCUCUCCUACAUUGACACCGGCUCUGGCUUCGACGACACCAAUGUCCACGGCGUAGUCUGUCUCCUACCCCAGCAGCACCGGCUGCAAUUCAUGCUUGUCCACGCCGGCUUCAACGUCGCGUAUAGCUCUGCGAAAUCCAUGGCCAAUACUGCCCUUGCCGCCGCUUUCAAGAAGUACCCCUCUGCCGCCCUCAUCAUCUCCGGCUACUCCCUUGGCGGCGCAAUCGCAGACCUGCAGUUCGCGGAUCUCAUUGCCACAUCCUCGUAUAAGAUCGCCGCAGUCUACACCUAUGGCGAGCCCCGCACAGGGAACCAAGCCUACGCCAACUUCGUCGACGCAAAAUCAAAGUCGACCUCGUCGAAUGGCAUCUACUUCCGCGUCACCCACGCCAAUGAUCCCGUGCCGAGACUGCCGCCGGCCGGCGCACCCAUCGACUAUGUGCACUGCCGCACUGAAUAUUGGGAGAUGUCCAGUAGCGCACCGAGUGCCUCGAGUACGUAUCAUUGUUUUGGCCAAGAGCCGAGUGAUUGUAACGAGAAAGCGUCCGGGUCCAAUGUCAAUGAUCAUUUGUCAUAUGCCGGAUUCGCCGGGGUGACUUGCUAA